CCCAGAAACGGUCGAGUCAAGGCCUACUACAUUCAGUCGUUCUCUGGAAACUACUCCAUCUCCAUCGACAACCUGCAGGAAUCUGACCUGGGCCAGUACUACUGUGUGUACAGACAAGAGUGUUUCGUGGUGGAGCUCACCAUUAAAACAGGUGCGUGAGUAAAAAAUGGUGAAAAGGUUGGUGCAGACCUGUGGUCACGUUUGCUUCCCCACAGCUCAAGUUGCAGGCCUGAGUCAAGAUGAGCGGCUUCCAGAGUCGGUCCAGAGUUGAAUAGUGUGUAGAAGGCAGAUACACUGUGUCUGUGUCACCAACAGAAGCUCCUUUUCACCACCACAUUUGCAUUUCUUACACAAUGACGCUAUUAUUCUCACAGGAAACGAGUACAUUGCAAAGUGAAAGUUCAGGGUGUGAAAAACCUUAAAUGAGAGGAAUUGAUCUGAACUUGCUGGUAUACAGUGGAUGUGCACUGCACCUCUGUGCUCAGUGUUUGUUAGAAGAGACAGCAAGUGGGUCACACUUGCUCGAUGAAGACUAAAUGCUGUACUUUAAAGAGCAGAACAGGAAGUGGUCUACAGGCUGAAGUCACGUCAGACCCCUCCAUCGGUCUGAGACAUUUUAGAAUGAAAGUUCAUGAAGCCAAAAUAUAAAGACACUAGCUCUCGAGCUGUGGUCGGCUGAUGCUUGCAAAGUUAUAACAGGCUGCAGAACAGAUCAGGGCACUGAUCAAGAUGCUGAGCUCUUCAUGGUGGAGCCCCGUCCUCAUUCUCUGCUGUCUGUCCAUCUUCACCAUUGGUGACUUUUCCGAGGAGAAGCCAUGUGAAAUAGUGCGUUACAACACGCUGAACGUGGUGCUUGGCUCCUCUGUGCACCUGCCGUGUCACUUUAAUAGCGAUGCCGACGACUGUGUGUUCUGGCAACACGGUACCGAGUCACAUACAGUGGUCAGACUGACACGUAAAGGCAGGAUCCGUUUCUCUGAUCCCAGAAACGGUCGAGUCAAGGCCUACUACAUUCAGUCGUUCGCCGGAGACUUCUCCAUCUCCAUCGACAACCUGCAGGAAUCUGACCUGGGCCAGUACUACUGUGUGUACAGACAAGAGUGUUUCCUGGUGGAGCUCAGCAAUCAAACAGCUCAAGUUGCAGGCCUGAGCCAAGAUGAGCGGUUUCUGGUGUACUUCUUUGUUAGCGGGGGACUUCUCAUCCUUCUGGGUGCCGGCGGCUACUGCGUCUGGAACAAAACCAGCAGUCAGAUAUACAGAAUAAACAAUGGUUUGGGUCCAUCAAGUGGAGCUGAAACUGCAGGCGGACAACAGCGAGCAAACAAUCUUGUCUACGACAACGACACCCACAUGAACUGGGGCGCUUCUGUCAGCAACUUAAACCUGAACCAACCUGCCAUGUUUGAAAUGAAAGCCACUCCAGGGCAACAGCGUGCCGGCCACAAGCUGGCAGCCCCGCCUUCUCCAAUGGCAGGUCACAUGAAGGGCUGCAAUCUUACACCAAACCUUCCCCCGAAAAAUACAAACGACUUUGUUUACAACCGAAACGGUUUCUCUCGCGGCGGACCAUAGAGAGCAAAGAUCUGGGUCAUCAUCAACCAAACAGUUUCAAUAUAUUCAGGUCAUAUAUUACAGCCUGCUGUUUAUCUUUUUUUUUUUUUCGCUCACAUUUAAUGUUGUUUUCUGGAUUUCAUUAAGGAUAUAUGAUUCGAUUUUUAUUUUCUUACACCUGUUGCAUGUCUCUUCCAUAAUGUUUCAAUAAAACG